UGUUCUGACCAAUUGUGAUCCAGUAAACCAAUUUAUAUUUACAAGACAGGAACAGUAUUUUAUUGUGUUUGUGCCUCUUGUAUUUUGUGAAUUGUAGAUAAACUAUUUUAUUUUAACCAGUGAAGAUCGCAAAAUGAAAACUGCCCUCUAAGCCUCAAGAUAAAAACACUAAACAGAUUUUAAAUAAAACAAAACACAGUAUGAAGUAGCAGCUACAAUAACUGAGAAGUUAAACACGAGUGCUGUGUCACUUCUUCACAAUCAGACAGCGACAGUUUACCUAGCUGCGAGUAGGGUGAGGUGUUACGGCGUGAAAAGGCCGAAAAUAAAGGUACCAUAUGAUUUAAGCGUAGACAAGUUACCGUCAAUACUAUACAACAAAACUAUAUAAAACAAAAAUCAUUAAAAAUCUUACAACAAAAUAAUUUUAAAAAAUCUUUAAAAACGAUACCUGAAACAUCACAAAAUAAAUACUAAUGAAGAAUUUAAAAACACUCAUUACCACAACAAACUGGAUUUCAACCCUACAUACAUGUUAAACGAAUUUUUCUAUAAUAACACGUCUAAGGUGAAAAUUAAAUGUUUUUAAUCAAAAGCAAAACAAAAAAGAAUACUUUUACUAUAACAACGGGGUAAAGAAUUUCAGAAAUAUAUUCUGCACGUAAUUCAGACGAGCCCAUAAAUGUGACCUUCUAUAGUUUAUAAUUACGCUGCUCCGCAUCCGCAAACACACGCUUAAACUGCCGCUCGUCAAAUUGCAUGGGCGUGUUCGCGCGGAUUGAUGCACUCCUCUCCUUAAGAGUGAUUAUGUAUCGAGAGAAAUUAUUAAUUUAACGGUCGAUAAACUACACGCAAUGACGAAUGCGAAGCCGAUUGGGCUCCUCCUGCAGUACCCCUCCCUUAAUAAUCUUGCUGGCGCUCGUCCCCGCUUUUAAACACAGCACCACGAGCGCAAGCACGAGCGCGAUGCUCUUCCUCUUCACCAAGUAGCAGAGCGGUAAGCACAGAUCAUAUAAACAAAACAGGAAGGAAAGGCUGUUUUUCCCACUACUUCAAAUUAUGCAUGGGUCCAGUUGUAAUUCUUGUCGCCUCGUGAUUAACUUCUAAUUACCGCAACUCAGAAUUAAAGGAUUUACCUUGAAAGGCUGUCUGUGGUAAAGGCUGAUGGAUUUACAGCGAGCGCGAUCUGAGUAGGUUUGCUUUUAUUUUAAAGACUCGUUUUUUAAAAAAUUGUUUACUUUGUUCUCUAACAUUGGCCCCAGUGCGCAACAGCCGCGUUGGAUCCCACAAAUUACUGCGAGACUCCGGUGUACAAUCCGGAUCUCUGCCCAAACAUGAUAGCGGCUCAGGCCAAGCUGGUGUAUCACCUGAACAAGUAUUAUAACGAAAAAUGCCAGUCUCGGAAAGCCGCGAUCUCAAAGACAAUCAGGGAAGUAUGCAAGGUGGUGUCGGACGUCCUGAAGGAGGUGGAAGUUCAGGAGCCCCGUUUCAUCAGCUCCCUAAAUGAAAUUGAGAACCGUUACGAGGGUCUGGAGGUAAUUUCGCCGACUGAAUUUGAGGUAGUCCUUUAUUUAAAUCAAAUGGGAGUCUUCAACUUCGUGGACGACGGUUCGCUUCCAGGCUGUGCGGUGCUGAAGCUCAGCGACGGCCGAAAGCGGAGCAUGUCCCUCUGGGUCGAGUUCAUCACCGCCUCGGGGUACCUUUCGGCCCGUAAGAUCCGGUCCCGGUUUCAGACCCUUGUGGCGCAGGCAGUGGAUAAAUGCAGCUACAGGGACGUCGUCAAGAUGGUGGCUGACACCAGCGAGGUAAAAUUGCGGAUCAGAGACAGAUACGUGGUGCAGAUCACCCCGGCUUUCAAGUGCACCGGAAUAUGGCCGCGUAGCGCUGCGCACUGGCCUCUGCCCCACAUCCCAUGGCCCGGACCAAACAGGGUGGCAGAGGUCAAAGCCGAAGGCUUCAACCUUUUAUCCAAGGAAUGCUACUCGAUAAAUGGGAAGCAGAGCUCGGCCGAAAGCGAUGCCUGGGUCUUGCAGUUUACCGAAGCCGAGAACCGUCUAAUCCUUGGAGGGUGUCGGAAGAAGUGUCUGUCCGUUCUUAAGGCUCUGCGCGACCGUCACCUUGAACUUCCAGGACAGCCGCUCAAUAACUAUCACAUGAAAACGCUGGUGUCGUAUGAGUGUGAAAAGCACCCCCGGGAAUCGGACUGGGACGAAAACUGCCUGGGAGACCGCCUGAACGGUAUUCUCUUACAGCUCAUUUCGUGCCUGCAGUGUCGCAAGUGCCCGCAUUACUUUCUGCCAAAUUUAGACCUAUUCCAAGGCAAACCAACUUCAGCCCUCGAAAACUCAGCUAAACAGACGUGGAGAUUGGCGAGGGAAAUACUCACCAACCCCAAAAGCCUGGAAAAACUCUAAACUGAAAUAAAAGUAUUUUUAAAAAUCAGAAGAUGCGCCCGCGUACAUCAGUCGGUAUGUCUUGUGGCCUGCGUAUUUUCAACUGAUAGCAGGGAAUUAUUUUGCCAAUAUUUCUGUUAGUAACGUGAAGUGAGCCAAACAUAUCAUCCGUGGACUACAAAAACAUUUAACAUUUUUUUGUCCAGAUAAAACCAACCACGGCUACAGCAAUCAUAUACUAACAGAUGGGUCGAUGUCGCCAUACAUUUGCCCGGUCUCGACACGCUUAUUUUCUUUGUACAAAACCUUUUGAGAAUUUCGGAAUGAUUCCGUUUAUACCGUAUUCUUAAUUGCAUAGAUUGUGUUCCAGUUGUUUAAAAUGGUGGAUGUUUUGUGGCAUACAUUGAAAUUAAAUAUUCGCUAUUUCAACCGUUUUAUAGUUGCCAUUAAAUCAAUAUAAAAAGUAAUAAUAUUUUUAACUUUGCCUACAUUGUCCUUCAAAAGUGCUUAAGAGUUUACAUUUCUAUGCUAAAGUUGUAACAUUCCAUGAAUAUACUUGAAAUUUUAUUUAAAUAUAUUCGAACAUGAAUUUGUCUGUUUAUAUGAUUAUGUCUGAAUAUAUUACCAUUUAAUAUUUGGUAAAAAAUGCACUUGAAAUGCACUGGAGUAUUACAUUGUGAUUUUUCUUACAUUUUCUGUGUUUGAAUUUAUUUAAAAACAAAAAAGUAUUACUUGUGUCCGAAAUCGAUAUUAAAAUUGCUGCGUACUUUGAUGAUUAAAC